AUGCAGGUUCUUAGUGGAGCUCCCUUACAUCAGGUCCUACGACUACAGGUGUUACCCAGCAAGCGGGACAGUCACCUGUCUCGAAUCGACGUGGAAAACUCUGGCACGCCUGUGGACGAGCUGGACAGGUGCUGCCAAGUGCACGACAACUGUUACGGUGACGCCCUGGAGCACCACCCAUGCCGCACCAUCUUCCACAGCCCUUUGAAGUUAUACUCUUAUAACUGUGACGAAGCGAGCAAGACGGUCACCUGUGACGAGGACAACAACGCAUGUGGGAUGUUUAUCUGCGAGUGUGACAGGACGGCCGCCGAGUGUUUCGCCAGAUCGCCUUAUAACAACGAUCACUAUAACCUGCCCAGUGACCGAUGUCAGUAGAAGACUUCUGCAGUUAAUCGAACGCAGGAUCCACUCCCACACACGACACACCCAUCACUGAGCUCUCAGGAGCGGCAGCAGCUUGUUUCGUACGCUCAUUGAAAUACUCACUCU